AUGUCUGCGACAGGACCUACUGUUGAUUCUUCAGUUAAGCACCAAUGGGGACUUGAUGGGGAAGAAGAAAACUCCUCGAAAAACUACGCUCUCAGUGGCAAAAUCAUGCUUUCUUCAAUAAUUGUCCUCUUCGUCGUCGUCGUUUUCUUGGUUCUUCUCCACCUAUACGCACGAUGGUACCUCCUCCGCCUCCGCCGCCGUAACGAAACCCGACGUAGUAAUCGCCGCAAUCGUUCCACCCGUGUUGUCUUCUACGUCGACUCGAAUAACACUGUGGGUAUGCCAACUGGUGGGCUUGAUGCAUCUGUGUUGAAGGGACUCCCUUUGUUUGUGUACUCGUCGGAAACUAACAAAGAUAUGCCGGAAUGUGCCGUGUGUUUGUCGGAGUUUGAAGAGGGUGAAAAAGGUCGGAUUUUGCCAAAAUGUAGACAUAGCUUUCACACGGAGUGUAUUGACAUGUGGUUUCAUAGUAACUCAACUUGCCCGCUUUGCCGAUCGCCGGUGGAGCCUGCUGAUAUGGAAAUGAGGAUGUCGGUUGAGCAACCGGCGACUGUAGCCGAACCCAGUUCAAGCACUUCACUUAGCUCCCCGGUUCAACGUAUCGGGGAUCAUACAGAAACGCCGUCGUUGGCAGAUCGGAGAAAGGGAAUCGACGUCAGAAUAGAUGUGCCAAGUCGGAGCGAGUUACAGGCGGAUAAUGAGUUUCGGUUGCCGUCGCCGAGUCAGGGUUUCAGAUCUCCGGGAAGCAGAUUAAUGGCUUUGAAGAGGAUAAUCAGUAUGAGUAGAAAAUCGCCAGCGGUUUCUCCGUCGUCAGGCGUCGGACCUAGUUGUUUGACGGUGACCGAGUCAGAUCUCGAGUCAGCGUGUCAUGAGUCAACUCGGAUAGGGACCGAUGAUCUUAGAUGA